UUGGGUAUUAUUAUAUAAAAAGGGAGUUCUGGAGGAGUGAGGGCAUAUUCUUCACAAAGCCUGAAGGGUAUUGGUUAAGGGAAUGCCUCAAACCCCAGAAGCACAUCUCCUUGGUUUCUGCUUCUAAAGGAAUCUUCAAUUCUUCUUCUUCUUCAAGUUCAAGUUAAGGUUUCAGCUGGUUUCCUUUUCCUCUGAUACUGCUGAAGCUCUUGAAGAAUCCUUUACAGGUGGAACUAGUGAGAGGUCAAGUGUAGAUAUUGCAACAUAAUCUACUUUUUCUGACCAAAAUUACUUGGGAAUAAAGGGAUUAUAUCACCCUAUAUUUAUCCAAUCCAUCCCUAGAUAUUCUUUUUCUUGGGGUUUUGAACAACCGAACAAUGGAGAAGCUUCUUAGACCGUACCAUAAGGAGUUUAUGAGGAUGGCAAUCUUAAAACAUGAAGAAACAUUCAAACAACAGGUCUACGAGCUUCAUCGUCUAUAUAGAAUUCAGAAGACAUUGAUGAAAAGCAUGGAAAGCAGUAGACCCGCCAUGAUGGAUGGAACCUAUACGCAUCAUCAGAGUUUAAGAACCAGGCUUGACUUGGAACAUCCGGCCGACGACGAUGACGAUGAGUUCAUAAAUGAAAGCGAGAUUGAAUUGACUUUAGGGCCCACAAAGUCCAUGUCGAGGAAGAAGCAUGGAACUCCCACUUUAAACUCGGAUUCUGGACCCAACAGCUUCUCUUCAUCAUCGACAGAAUCCUGUCAUAUGAUCAACAGCAGGCCGAGUGGUUUCAUGGGGACAACCAAACGGAAGACAAACACGGCAGCUAGAGAUGAAUUCAUUGGUUGUGAGCCUGGAUUCCUCCAAGUCACCGACACGACGUUGGGGUAUCAAAACGGAAGCAGAAACAAUGUCGAUCUCGAACAACAAUUGAGACAAGAGAGAUUAGAUCAGCCUCCUUGGCCUUUUCAAGUUCCAAGUAUGAAUAUGAGUUGAAAAAUACAAAUUAAAAAUGCUCUACGUUGAUAUGAUUAGAUUUUAGAU